ACCCGCUCGACCUGCCUGGUGGCUCAGGCCCCUCCCUGCUCUCGCCUUUCUAACUGACUUGAUAUUUCCUCCUGUGACUCCAAACAAUUCCUCAUCUCACUCGUGUCUCGGUUGUCUACCACCGCCACGCUUUACGCCUUUCUAUUUCCUUGUUGGACAAUGAGUGGUAAACUGUGGACAGAGGAGCAGUUUAACUGCCCCGUGUGUCUGGAUCUCCCCAACGAUCCGGUCACCAUUCCCUGUGGGCACAGCUACUGUAUGGCCUGUAUUAAGGACUACUGGAGCAAGGAUGAUCCCAAAGGUAUCUACAGUUGCCCCCAGUGCCGCCAGACUUUCUGCCCUCGGCCCUCGCUUUCCAGAAACACCAUGCUGGCCGAAGCUGUGGAUCAACUCCGCAAAGGAACCCCAAGAGCUGAGGUCUACCAAAGCAUACGAGGAGCAUUAAAAUCCAAAAAGAAUCUACCCUCUUCGGCCGUGCAGUGCGACCUGUGCAAAGGAGAGCAGAGGGCAGCGGUCAAGACCUGCCUGGUCUGCAUGAGCUCGUACUGCGAGAGCCAUCUGAAGCCACACCAGACCACCAAGGCCCUGAAAGAGCACGAGCUGAUCGCGCCGACAGGCAACUUGGCCGAGAAGAUCUGCACUCAGCACAAGUACCUGCAGGAGUUCUUCUGUCGCCAGUGUAAGGUGUUCAUCUGUUGGCUGUGUACGACCAACCAGCACAAAGGUCACGAGAGCGUGUCCACGAAGGCUGAACGCAUGGACAAAGAGAAAGGGUUUUCUGAGAUGCAGACAGAAAAUCAGAGGAAGCUCAAGGACAGACAGCAGGAGCUGAAGGACAUGAAGAAGAUGAUGGAUGGAAUGAAGCGCUCUGCAGACCGCGUUCACAGCGACUCCGAGAAGGUGCUGUCGGAACUCCAACGCUCAGUGGAGAGACUCCAGGAACUGUUAGAGGAGGUGCUGGAUGAGGCCGGCCGGGAGAAGAUGGAGCAGGCUCAGGAGAUCGUUGAACGUCUGGAGGCGGAAAUCAAGGACCUGAAGAGGAGGGAUACGCAGACGAAGGAUCUGGCUCAAUGCGAGGACCACAUCUACUACCUGCAGAUGUAUGAAACCAUGUGCAGUCCACUUGAGUUGGGAGACCUUCCGACUGUGCAGGUCAACCAUGAUGCUUCCUUUGAGCCUGUACGGGAUGCCAUCCUAGACCUCAGAGAGCAAGUGGAGGACUUGUGCAACAUGGAGCUAGGCAAGAUCACUAAAAAAGUCAAUGAGACAACGUUAUUCACACUGGGUGCUGCCAAUCGCAAUCAGAGAGGUGGCCUUUUGAAAUUAUUUUCUGCUUUGGGAUCACGCAACUCGAACUCAAACAACCGUUCAUCUGGCUCAACACCAAGUAUCUCAGUUACAUCGCGGAGUGCAGACAGACGAGGACUGGGCUUUAGAGGUCAAGAUGUAAGGAGCAGAGACGCGUCACGAGACGUCGCACAGAGGUCACCCAGACCAUGGGCCAGACAAAAGCCAGAUGAAAGAGAGUCAGUACGGGAGAACAACCUCAGACCCAGCCCCAGACUUAGUCCGACCCCGAGCCCGACUCUAAGCCGGAGAGAAUCUCCGUCUCUGUGGAGCAGGUCCAGUCGGAGUCAGGGUGUCCCUGCUACUCCUACCCCAAACCCAGUGAGCCCAAACCCGACUCCUGCUCCUGGGCCAACAUCCACUGGAGCUUUUAGUCGGAUGUCAUCGAUCAGCAGCAUUUUCCGGUCCCGUCGUGGCAACACACCUGUAGUUAACAUGUCGUCUACAGGGGCGCUUCCGACUCUGUCUGAAACACCAAUCGAUGUUAAUCCCAGUCUGUUCUUGGACUCACCCACCCCCACUGCCAAUGAUCACAGUCCUGCUUUUCCUGCAUUAAGAGAAAUCAGCCUUGACAGCAUCCAGGCUCCAGAACCAAGGAAAAGAGAGGAGUUCCUGCAAUAUUCUGUAAACUUCACCCUUGAUCCUAACAGCGCCCAUCGUCGCCUGAUUCUCUCCGAGGGCAACACCAAAGCCACCCUGCAGGGCGAAGUUGUGCCCUAUCCGGACAGUCCCCAGCGUUUUGACGGUUGGACUCAGGUCAUGUGUGGGAACCCGCUCUAUUCCCAGCGUUCCUACUGGGAGGUGGAAUGGCGAGGCCGAGGAUCCUCUAUGGGCGUGGCGUACGGCUCACUGAGCAGGAAGGGUUCAGACGCCAGGGCGGGAAUCGGCUACAACGCCCAGUCGUGGACGCUGGAGCUCUCCGACACUUGCUGCUUAGCGCUGCACGACAACGAGAAGAGGGACAUACCGGUCACCUACUCCCCUCGUCUGGGCAUCUUCGUGGAUUUGUCCACAGGAACGCUGGGGUUCUACGGCGUGGCAGAGAGCAUGACACACCUUCACACAUUUCGGGCAAACUUUACCCAGCCCCUCUACGCUGUCUUUGGGGUGGGGAGUGGAGUCGGAGUGGGUUUGGACUUCGCACUUGGGCAGUUCAGCUCCACCUCUGAUAGUAUCAAGUUGUGUCCCAUGUGAAGACGCACACAAGAGCAAAAUAUGUUUUGUUGUUAUUAUUCUGUCUAUAAUUAAAUACACUCUCAACCAUCCAUUUUCUACAGCCUGUUAACAUAACAGGAUAUGGUUACCCUUAAAAGUGGAGUUUGCAAUUUCUCCCUUAAAAAAAAAAAAUAUAUCACUUUUGGUCAUAUUUGUUAAAACUGUCAGUAUGACUAUCUGACAGUAGUACAUGAGUAAAAUGAUCUGUGGAAAAAAAAAAAAUCCCUCUCUGUCUCCAUCUUUUACCUCUAAUUUGAUUUCCAAGAAACUACCACGCCCGAGGAUAAACAAUUAAUCAGAGUCAGAAGGCGUGGCUGACACGUUAUUAGGAAUCCCACUUGUGUUCUAGGCAGGACACGCCCUGCUGCAAUAUGAUUAGCUGCAGGACACCUACUACUACUGGAAUGCCGGUGCAGUGUGAUUGGCACGCUUCCAGAAGGAAAAAGAAGUGUGGGACUUCAGUGUGGCGGCGUUAUUAUAAAUCCUAUUAUCCCCUUGUGAGGAGAAGCGGCUCAGAUAACGGAUGGACGGAAAACUUCAAACUGCUAACAUUGUGUUACACAGUAGUCACACUCCUUUUCGAAUAAGUCAUGCUAGCCACAUAGCAGCCAUGGCUAAUGCCAGCUAUGUAUUGCUAGUGCCGCUAUUUUGUUGAAGCUGGACAGCAUUCUCUGUACUAUUUACAGUAUCACAACUAUGCACUUUCAUAAUCACGUCAUUAUGAACGGCCAUGUUUGAGAAUCUCGCACAUUAAUGAGGGGCGCGGCUUUUUCAGGGGUGGGGUUAGUGAAGUCAUUCAAUAUUUCUUGCAUUUUUAAUACUGCAAACUCCCCCUUCAAAAGGGGCUUUUAUGACUGAAAAUCAUCCAUCCAUUCAUUUUCUGUACCGCUUAUCCUCACAAGGGUCACGGGCGUACUGGAGCCUAUCCUCGUUAUCUUCGGGCGAGAGGCAGGGUACACUCUGAACUGGUCGCCAGCCAAUCACAGGGCACAUAGAAACAAACAGGGGAAAUAGUGGACGACUGCCUCACAGUUCUGAGGACCGGGGUUCAAACCCCGGCCCCGCCUGUGUGGAGUUUGCAUGUUCUCCCCGUGCCUGCGUGGGUUUUCUCCGGGUACUCCGGUUUCCUCCCACAUCCCAAAAGCAUGCGUGGUAGGUUGAAGACUCUAAAUUGCCGGUAGGUGUGAAUGUGAGUGCGAAUGGUUGUUUGUUUGUGAAAAUUAUAUCAAUGUUUAAUUACCUCAACAUAUUCCAUACAAACAAUUGCCACUGCAUUUUAUUGUGUUUAUGCUGUACUCUACCAAGUUAAAGUUGCUAUCAUCACAUGUACUGUGUCUCAAUGUUAGCAGUCCAACAAAAAAAUGUGUCAAAUUUUUGUCAGUGGGAAUCUUUCCAGCAAGCACAUACGGAAGUUCAUUUGUCCACUGCUUUAUUGUAAAAAUGGAAGCAACCAAUUAACAAGUAUGAGUUGCUUACAGAACCUUGUGACAGGAUAAGCUGUAACCAGGUGAAAUGAACAAGCAAAUUUUAAAAGAUAUAAACAGUCUACCUUCAGUCUUAGAAACACACCAUUAUAUUUUGGUUUAAAAAAAAUUGCAAGCUAAAAUACAGGAAAGCACACAUGAAAGCCAGUAUAUUACAUUUCUCGAUGGAGAGGAAAAAAAUAAAAAAAAGAA